AUGCCCGCGGGCCUCUCAGAGCCGGCGGGUGCCGCUUCCCAAGCCAGUGUGAACGCAUCUGGGAUCGUGACCAUGGCCCCUGCCGGGGCUUUGCCGGUCCGGGUGGAUAACGCUCCGGUGGCCCUGAGUGCAGUGACUAAGGCUUCCGCCACUGUCUGCGUGGGGUCUACAGCGUCCCAGUCCGUGCAGAAGGCGGCCUCCAUGGGGACCCUGGUGACUAAAGUGGCUUCUGGCAGUGCUGUUCCUAAACUCAGCAGCGGCCCAAGACUGCCUGCUCCUCAGAUAGUCUCCGCUGCUAAAACCCCCAACACAACAAUCCUGUUGCCUGCUAAUUUUCAGCUUCCUCCAGGAACAGUUAUAAUCAAAAGCAACAGUGGUCAAUUGAUGUUGGUAUCUCCUCAGCAAGCUUUAACAAGUGCUGACACUACUAGUAACAUAACUUCAAGGCCAGCAGUACCAACGAAUACUCAAACGAUCAAAACCUGUACGAUGCCGAAUUCUAGCUCACAAUUAAUCAAGAAAGUGGCAGUGGUACCUGUUAAAAAAUUGGCACAAAUAGAAACUACUGUGGUAACCACUGUUCCGAAGCCUUCCUCAGUACAAUCUGUUCCUGUGCCAACCAAUGUGGUCACAGUUACUCCUGUAAAGCCGUUGAAUACUGUAACUACCCUGAAGCCUUCAAGUUUCGGAGUAUCACCUACCCCUUCCAGUGAGCCCAGUCUCAAAACCGAGAACUUGACAGUUGCUCAGACUAAUCUUUCUCCGAUGAUGCUAGAAAAUGUGAAGAAAUGUAAGAACUUCCUUGCAAUGUUAAUAAAACUAGCAUGUAGUGGAUCACAGUCCCCAGAAAUGGGGCAGAACGUGAAGAAACUGGUGGAACAACUUUUGGAUGCAAAAAUUGAAGCAGAAGAAUUUACUAGAAAACUGUAUGUUGAACUCAAGUCUUCACCUCAACCUCAUCUGGUUCCUUUUCUUAAGAAAAGUGUGAUUGCCUUACGACAACUUAUGCCUAACUCUCAGAGCUUUAUUCAGCAAUGUGUUCAGCAGACUUCUAGUGAGGUAGUCAUUGCUACCUGUACCACGACAGUAACAACUUCUCCUGUGGUGACAACAGCAGCUUCCUCAGUCCAGUCUGAAAAGACUCUUAUCGUUUCUGGUGCAACAGCUCCUAGAACUGUGUCAGUACACACUCAGAAUCCACUUGCUGGUCCAGGUGGAGCAAAUACUGGAGUUGUGACACUUCAUUCUGUGGGUCCAGUUGCUGUAACAGGAGGCACAACAGCUGGAACUGUUUUGCUUCAGACUUCAAAACCACUUGUGACUUCUGUACCAAAUACAGUUACAACAGUCUCACUUCAACCUGAAAAACCAGUUGUUUCUGGAGCAGCAGUAUCAUUGGCCCUUCCGUCGGUAACUUUUGGAGAAACUUCAGCUGCAACUAUUUGUCUUCCUUCUGUGAAACCUGUUGUCACUUUUUCUGGGACCACAUGUGACAAGUCUGCCAUUGAUGCUCCAGUCCAAAUCAAACUUGCACAGCCAAGCUCCAUCCUUUCACAACCACCUGGUAUUCCACAGGCAGUUAAAGUCAAACAAAUAGUAGUCCAACAGCCUUCAGGAGGGAUCACAAAACAAGUGACUGCACUUUCUCAUUCUUCAGCAUUGACCAUUCAGAAAUCUGGACAAAAGCCAGUCGACACUGUAAUAUCGACCAGUCAAUUUUCUCCAGCUUCUAUUCUAAAGCAAAUAACCCUGCCAGAAAAUAAAAUUCUGUCUCUUCAAGCAUCUCCUCUUCAGAAAAAUAAAGUAAAAGAGAAUGGAACAUCAUCCUUCAGAGAUGAAGAUGACAUCAAUGAUGUGACUUCCAUGGCAGGGGUCAACCUUAAUGAAGAAAAUGCCUGCAUCUUAGCGACACACUCUGAAUUGGUUGGCACAUUCCUUCGUUCUUGUAAAGAUGAACCAUUUCUUUUCAUUGGAGCUCUACAAAAGAGAAUAUUAGACAUUGGUAAAAAGCAUGACAUUACGGAACUUAACUCUGAUGCUGUGAACUUGAUCUCCUAUGCAACACAGGAGCGAUUACGAGGCCUUCUGGAAAAACUGACUACAAUUGCUCAGCAUCGAAUGACAACUUACAAGACAAGUGAAAAUUACAUCCUGUCUAGUGAUACCAGAUCACAGCUCAAAUUUCUUGAAAAGCUGGAUCAAUUGGAAAAGCAGAGAAAGGAUUUAGAAGAAAGAGAAAUGUUAUUUAAAGCAGCCAAGAGUCGUUCCAAUAAAGAAGAUCCAGAACAGCUGAGAUUAAAGCAGAAAGCCAAAGAGUUACAGCAGUUGGAGCUCGCACAAAUACAGCAAAGAGAUGCCAAUCUCACAGCUCUUGCAGCUAUUGGACCAAGGAAGAAGAGACCAUUAGAAUCUGGAAAUGAGGGUUUAAAAGACAACCUUCUUUCUUUUGGGACACCCAGCCUGACAGCCACCAAACAAUUGGUUCGUCCAAGAAUCACAAGAGUGUGCCUCAGGGACUUGAUAUUCUGUAUGGAACAGGAAAAGGAGAUGAAGUAUUCUCGAGCUCUGUACCUGGCCCUUCUGAAGUGACCACUCCACUCUCCGUGAAGAUCCUUGCUGUUUACUGCCAAAGAAGAUAAAAAGCAUUGUUGCACUGUCCUGAAGUGUCAUCACCAAUAUGGAAGGCCAUUGUUUACAGUUAUAUACUUUUAUUAAUUACAAAUACAUCCCAUGGGAUUCUUAAUGACCAGAAUACAGCUUUGUCUUGUGAAAAUCAGUGAUGAAAUACAAUUUGCACAGAAUUAAGUAUCUCCCACCCUGUAUAUUUAAUUAAAGCAAAUUAAG